AUGGAGGAAGAAAUCAUUGAAUAUGAAGAUGUCAAUAAAUACUAUAUGGGAAAUAGAAUAAAAUUUAAAGAUAUUACAUCAUUAGAAUGGAUUGUUGAAAGAAUACAAAAAACAAAACAAAUAUUACAUGAUAAACUUAUUAGUGAUCAAGAAAUUAAUAUUACAAUUAAAUCAAUUGAUUUAUUAAUUAAAAAAUUUGAAAAUGAAAAUAAAAAAGAAAAUGAAAAUAAUAAUAAUAAUAAUAAUAAUAAUAAUAAUAAUAAUAAUAAUAAUAAUAAUAAUAAUAAUAAUAAUAAUAAUAAUAAUAAUAAUAAUAAUAAUCAUAAUAAUAAUAAUAAUAAUAAUAAUAAUAAAUUUAAUGAUAUAAAUAUAAUAGAGUUAUUAUUUAAAAAAAGAGAAAAAGAAAUUAUUCAUUUAAUAGAUCCAGUUUAUUUUUCAAUUAAAUAUAAUAAACCUAAACUAUUAAAAUUAUUUUUAAAUGAAUUCAAAUAUCCAAUUUUACCAUCAACUUUUGAAUUUUCAUUUAAAAAUUCAAAUCUUGAAAUCAUAAAAAUUAUAUUAAAUGAAAAAAUAACAACUCUUAAUAAUGAUUUAAAAUCAGUAAUAUUAAAAUCAAUUUUUUUAAAUCCUAAUAGUUCAACUAUAAUACCUUUUAUUUUAAAUGAUUUAAUUUUUUUUAAAUUUCAAAAUAAUAAUAAUAAUAAUAAUAAUAAUAAUAAUAAUAAUAAUAAUAAUAAUAAUAAUAAUAAUAAUAAUAAUAAUAAUAAUAAUAAUAAUAAUAAUAAUAAUAAUAAUAAAAAUAAAAAAAAUAAUAAUAAUAAAAAUAAUAAUAAUAAUUCAAAAAUUAAAGAAAUUAAAUUAAUUAAAAUUAAAUUUAAUGAUUUAUUUAAAAUUGAAUCAAUAGAAUUAAAAUAUAAAAUGUUAAAUAAUAAUUUAGUUGAAAUACCAGAUGAACAAUCAAUACUUGAUGAUAAUGAAAUAUUAAAAGUUUUUAAAAAUAAUGAUAGAGAAGGUUUAAUAUUUUAUUUAAGUGUAAUUUAUAAAUUAUGUCAUACAAAAUUAAUGUUUACAGCUAAAUCAAUUGAAAAACAGCAAGAUGAAUUGAAUGAAUUAUCAACUCAACAAUUAAUGAAAUUAUUAUUAAUUGAAACAAAAUCUGAAUUAUUAUAUUUCAAUUAUUUAUUAGAGUAUGAUGAUUUAAUUGAUGGUGUGGUUGAUAGUGAUUUAAUAGUUUAUCAAUAUACUAUAACGGUAUUUAGUGUUAAAGGAUUACAAUACCUCUUGAAAAAGUAUAACAAUAUUCAUAGUAAUUUCUUUAAAGAUUCACCAAGAAGAUCAUUUACAGAUUAUAAAAAUUCAAGUGAAUAUAUAUUAAGAAAUCAAAAUAGGUUAAUUGAAUUUCUCAGAUUUUAUUACUCAAAGAAAUCUUUAAUCACUUCAAAAUUAAUUAAAGAUUGGAAAAGUUUAACCGAAUUUUUCAUCAUGAAUUGUGAUUUAAAUAUAUUGACAAUCAUUUUCAAAGAGAUUGAAAAUUAUCCAAUUAAAUUCUUUCUUAGUACAAGUUGUAGAGAGAUGAAUGAUUUUAAAAGACAUCAAUGGUAUAUUGAUAAUGUAUUACGUUCAAUGUUAGAAACACCAAUUCAAUUUAGAUACUUUAAUAGAAUUCUAUAUAAAUUAAAAACCGAGCAAGAUGUUGACUACAUUUUAAAUAAUUAUGAUUUCUAUCGGUAUGAAUUGGAUACUUUAACAUUUUAUUCAUUUUUAGAUCAAUUAGAUUUAGCAAUUUAUUUCGAAUCGAAAGCAAUUCAAUUAAAUCUUAAAGAUUUACUAUUUGAUAGAAAUAAAAUUUAUUUUCAAUCUUUUAUAAAUUCUUUGUCAAUUGGUGAUUUAGAAACUUUUAAAAAAAUUUCAUUAUUAAAUUUAAAAUUUAAUUUUAUAAAUACACCAAUACCAAUAACAUCAUCACUAAUAAUUGAAAGUUCAAAAUUAAAAAAACAACAAGAUAAAGAAUUAGAACUUGAAAAACAACAAAAAUUAAUUUCAUCUUUUUUUAAUUCAUCAACAUCUUAUUCAUUUAAAAAGGAUAAUUUAUUUUUACCAAAAUUAGAAAAUUUUAAAAAUGAAUCAAUAAUUAAUACAUUUUCAUUUUUAACAAACGAAAAUAAUUAUCAAAUUUUAUCAAAUCGUGGUUUUAAUGAAUUAGUUUAUAAUUUAUUUAAAAGAUUUCAAACAACAACAAAUGAAAUUAAAAAUUUAAAUUUAAAUUUUAAUCAUGAUCCAUAUGGUUCAUUAUUAUUUUCAAUUAAUUUAAUAAUUAAUGAAGAUAAUUUAAUUGAUUCAAAUUUUAUAUUAAACCAAUUAAAUAUAAAUCUAUUUAAAGAAGAAGGAAGAGAAGAUGGUGAUAGUGAUGGUAAUAUAAAAUUUAAAUUUAUAAAAGAUGAAGAAAAUCAAAAGGACAAUAGUCCAGAAUACAUACCACUAAUUAAUUAUUCAUUCUUUAAUGAUGGCGAUAGUGGUGAUCAAGGUGAUGGUUAUAGUGAAAUUGAAAAAAGAGUAACAAAUGGAAGAUCAAUUAAACAAAUUUAUAAUUACUCUGUUGAUCAAGUUUAUUCAUUCAUUGAAUUGAUAAUAAUUAAAUUUCAAAAUCAAUUAAAAUCAUUAUUAUCAAAGAGGAUUUAUUACACUUUUUUCAAUCAUUUAUAUAAUUUAUAUUUACAAAUUUAUGGUUUACAAUUAAAAGAUAUUGAAAGAAUUGAUAAAUUAUUCUUUGAUAAUAAUAUUAAAAUCUUUAUUGAUCUUUAUAAAACCGUUUAUUAUUUUCAUACAAAGUCAUUUAAACUUGGUUAUUAUAUUUUAUCAAGAGUUGAUUUUAUUUUAGAUUAUGAAUAUUUAGAAAUUCUAUCAACUGGUACAACUACAAAAUUUCAUAGAGUUUUAAAUGAAAGUGAAUUUCCAUAUCAAUUAAUUCAAACUUUAAAUUAUAAAAAUUUAUUAUCAAAUUUAAUUAAAACAAAUGAAUAUUUAUCAUUACCAUUGCCAUCAUCAUCACCAUCAUUAUCACCAUUAGAAUCACAAUCAUCAUUUUCAAAAUUAAAUGAUGAUAUUUUAUUCCUUUUAAUAUUUGGUGAAAUUGAUUUAUUAUUUGAAUUAUUUUCAAUGAUUAAAUUAAAAUUUUCAAAUAAUAAUUUCAAUAAAAUUCAAGAGAUCAUUGAUUUUAAAAUAAUUAAUUAUUGUUUUCAAUAUUUAAAUUUCGAAAAUUGUAUUAAAUUGAUAAAAUUUAAUAUUUUUCCUAUAAAAUUAAUAACAAGAUUUAUUUUUAAAACUGGUAAAUUAAAUUUAUUAGAAUUUUUAUUAUCUGAAAUUACAACAACAUCAGAUUAUCAAUCAUCAAAUGAAUUAACAACAGCAACAACAACAUCAACAACAACAACAACAUUAACAAAAAAUAAUUUAAAUGAUAUAAUUAAUAUUAAUAAUUUAUAUUAUUCAUUUAAAUUUAAUAAUUUAUUAAUUAUUAAUUUUAUUUUUAAUAAUUUUAAAAACAAAUUAAUUAAUUAUGAUUUUAGUAAAAUACUUUAUAAAUUAGUACUUAAUCGUAAUAUUAAAUUAAUUGAAAUUAUUGUAAAUUUUUGUAAAAGAUUUAAAUCAAAAAUACCUUUAGAAAUUGCAAAAAUUGAUAGUUUAAAAUGGUUAGAAUUUUGUGAUUAUAAAAAUUUAAAUUAUUUAUUUAAUCAAGGUAUAAAUGAAAAUGAAAUUAAAAAAUUAUUAAAAAAAUAUAAACCAACAGAUUAUAAUUAUUUAAUUCAAAAUAAUUAUUUUAAAAAUUAA